AGGGAGCACCGGCGAGCGGCAGAGGCCGGCCGGGUGGCGGCCAUGGACCGCUUCGUGUGGACCAGCGGCCUCUUGGAGAUCAACGAGACCCUGGUGAUCCAGCAGCGCGGGGUGCGCGUCUACGACGGCGAGGAGAAGAUAAAAUUUGAUGCGGGGACUCUUCUUCUUAGUACACACCGGCUGAUUUGGAGAGACCAGAAAAAUAAUGAGUGCUGCAUGGCCAUUCCCCUGUCUCAGAUUGUUUUCAUCGAGGAGCAGGCAGCUGGAAUCGGGAAGAGCGCCAAAAUCGUGGUCCAUCUGCACCCAGCUCCUCCUAACAAAGAGCCUGGUCCAGUCCAGAGCAGUAAGAACUCCUACAUCAAACUCUCCUUCAAAGAACAUGGCCAGAUUGAGUUUUACAGGCGUUUAUCAGAGGAAAUGACGCAGAGAAGAUGGGAGACUGUACCAGUUUCCCAGUCACUACAAACAAAUAAAGGACCCCAGCCAGGAAGAGUAAGAGCCGUUGGGAUUGUAGGUAUUGAGAGGAAACUUGAAGAAAAAAGAAAAGAAACCGACAAAAACAUUUCUGAGGCCUUUGAAGACCUGAGCAAGCUGAUGAUCAAGGCUAAGGAAAUGGUGGAGUUAUCAAAAUCAAUCGCUAAUAAGAUUAAAGAGAAGCAAGGCGACGUCACAGAAGAUGAGACUAUCAGGUUCAAGUCGUACUUGCUGAGUAUGGGGAUAGCCAACCCUGUUACCAGGGAAACCUAUGGCUCAGGCACACAGUACCACAUGCAGCUGGCCAAACAGUUGGCUGGGAUAUUACAGGCACCUUUGGAGGAACGUGGGGGAAUAAUGUCACUCACAGAGGUGUACUGUUUAGUGAACCGGGCCCGAGGGAUGGAGUUGCUCUCACCAGAAGAUCUAGUAAAUGCAUGCAAGAUGCUGGAAGCACUGAAAUUACCUAUCAGGCUCCGGGUUUUUGACAGUGGUGUCAUGGUCAUUGAGCUUCAGACUCACAAGGAGGAGGAGAUGGUGGCCUCGGCCCUGGAGACAGUUUCAGAAAGGGGAUCCUUAACGUCAGAAGAGUUUGCCAAACUUGUGGGAAUGUCUGUCCUUCUGGCUAAAGAAAGGCUGCUUCUUGCAGAGAAGAUGGGCCACCUUUGCCGAGACGACUCCGUGGAAGGCUUGCGGUUUUAUCCAAAUUUAUUUAUGACACAGAACUAAGAAUUUUGUACCUGAAAUACUUUUUUGUCAACACACUUGCAUUUUGCCAAAGUCUCAUGACAUUGAGUUAAGAGAUUAAACCCCCCCAAAACAAAGAAUUUGUUAGAACUUCAUAGUAUAAUAUAAAACUCUGAAUCUCUCCCAAAAUAUGGUCUCAGAAACUUAUUUAGGGUACACAUAGGAAAAUACAGGAAAAUGAAUAUGCAUUUAAAGUCAUGCUGUAGCUGUAGAACUCCUGGGAAGUAACUUGAAACCUGGUGGAUAUUAAUUUGAUCCUGAGUUCAGGUCCUUGGAGGAAGAAGAAGUGAAGUUGCAUGUUUGGAUAGAUCAGGUAAUCAUUUCGCCAUGACUAAACCUCACCGAGUUGUAAAUGUUUUCCUCUGCAUCUAAUGUGCCCAUCUUUGGGCCAGGCAUGAAGGGAGGGGACAGCUGCUCUGUAGUUUAAGAACCAACAUUACUGAAAUGAAAAAAUAAAGAAAUCAAACUGCAGAAAGCCGUACCAGGCUCUUCCCUGGGGGCAUUGGAAGCAGACUUAGGCAUGCCUCUACCAGAUCAAAUGAAAUACCCUUGGAAAAGGAGAGGGCUCGCCCAGGAUGCAAAGGCCUUGGGCUUCAGGCCUACCACCCAUGGGGAAGAAGGGAGUAAGAAAAUGUUAUGCAUUUACUCCUCAGGUUCUUUUUAGGUUUUAAGCGAUAAUUUCAUGACUAGCAUUUUUAAAGCCUACAGCACUAUCAUUUUGUUUAUGAAAUGUGGAUUUUGAAACGGAAGUAAAGAGCUGUAUAGACAAGCCCUGAGUUGUAAUCACAGUGGGAGAGUUAGAAAGUUCUGGUUCUGGAAGGGCAUGCAGUGCAUAGGACCUUAGGAACUCUUGCGUGUGAAGCUGGGUUGUGAAGUAGGAAAAGGUUAGCAGAUCUCCUGUCUCUUCUCACAGGAAGUCUCAGUACUCAACCAGAAGCAAAUUCUUAUCAUAGGCCAGCCAUGUUCCUUUCGUCUAUGCCCUACAUGUUAUCCGUUGUGUAGAAAAAGCACCUGACUGUAAGUAUUGCUGAUAACAGAACCUGGGUAGUGCCACCUCCAGAUUGCUGGAGCUUUAGGUUGUCUGACUUUAUAUGUAUAGCAUGGUGACAUUACCUCAAACUCGGAGCCCAUAGGACAGAAGGUGACCGACCGCCUUUCAGAGACUGAGCUGGAAGUGGAAAGGCGGUGAUAGUGUGGCCUUGGAACCACAGGGAGGGAUGCCCAGGGAGGGAUGCCCAGGCACACUUCCUGGGAGUUUGAGGAUACUCUGUCUGGGUGAGGUGGAGGCUACUGCAGAUGCCCUGUGGAGAAGUACCAGUGUCCUCAGCUGCAAACCAGGGAGCUCCACCCUGACACCUUUCUGGAAAGUGACUGCUGCCACCUCUGUUCUCCAGUGUCGUCGUGAGACCACUGUGGCCAAGGCUGCCUCCUUAGUGUGGGUUUUCCAGUCUGUCACUGAUUGUAGUGACAUUAGGUCUCCCCUAAUCACCUCAUUGUUUAUCUCAGGGUUACUUGAGGGUUAAUUCAGUGUUGGCUACCCAAAUCUUCUAGGGAUUGGGUAGACUAGUGUCAGUUUAUCAGUAUGUCUCGGCUCUCUCUGGGAUGCACAUAGUCUAUCACACGGUCCUGAUGCGCGCGUGUGUGUGUGUGUGCGCACACACACACAAUCCACAGGUCACUGAUAACCUGUUUUAGCACUUGGAUUGGUUGUAAGGUUGUUGGGUUGUAGGGGCUGCUGGAUCUAGCUCUAAUGGUUUGGCUUCACCACCACAAACAUACUACAUCUGUUUAUUCAGUGUGACAGGAGAUUAACAAAAAUGGAGCAGUCUGAUUUGUAGAACGUGGAUAAAAGAUGAAGUGACAUAAACAUACUUUGAAAAAGUCACAUUGAUUUAAAAAAAGAAGAAACAUUGUUUGGGUUUUUUGUUGUUGUUUUUAAAUCGCUGUUUCUGGACCUUGGUUUAUCCUUUGGCUUUCCUUUUCCUGCCCCGUAUGUCGCUGUGGUCCUUUGGUACUGGCUGUGUUUAAAUACAAACCAAUCAAGCCCUGGGUGCACAAAUGUCCUGCUCUUGGUGCUCAUCACUGUCAUUUUGGUUUUCCUGACUUUGCUCUUAGGAGCAUGAGUGUGUAAAUGUAUCGUAACAAAUAGUUUAGUCACUGUCAAGAAAAGUAAUUUACACUGUAUAACAGAAGGUGGUUUUCAGGGUUAGAUGCUUCGUAUUGAUGUAUAUGUAGUAAAAUUAUUGUAAAAUUUUAAAACUGAUUUUCUUGACUUGAUGUUCUUUUUAAAAUUUCUGUAAAAUACAUGAAAAUGAUAAAUGUUUAGUCACACUAAGUCAAUAUGGUAACUUUUCUGUUUUAUAAUUAAGCAUUGCUUACUGGUUGUCUUUGAGAUUUUAUAAUUUAGUUAUCAUAAAAAAUGGGAAAUGA